AUGCCGAUCUGCAAUCCCUCGUCUUCCUCUUCGUCAUCAUCUUCCAGCUCUAGCUACACGAAAGCCGCGAUCAUUCACACCGUGGCGGUUGGGGCCGCCGCCGUGCUUGUGCUCGGUGCCCAUGCCUACUUUUUCUAUCGCCGAUCCGCCAAGUUCCGGAGCCGAGUCAUCGGAAUUAUACCCGCGCGGUAUGCUUCCUCUCGCUUCCAGGGCAAGCCUCUAGUGCAAAUCCUCGGCAAGCCCAUGAUCCAGAGAACAUGGGAAAGAGCAAAAAUGGCAGCAACGUUGGAACACGUUGUUGUGGCAACUGACGAUGAUAAGAUUGCUGAGUGCUGUAGAGGAUUCGGUGCUGAUGUUGUAAUGACAUCCGAAUCGUGUCAAAAUGGCACCGAGCGGUGUAAUGAAGCACUUCAGAAGCUUGGUAAGAAAUAUGAUGUUGUUGUCAAUAUUCAGGGGGAUGAGCCGCUUAUAGAUCCUGAAAUCAUCGAUGGCAUUGUCAAGGCCCUCCAGGCCUCUCCAGAUGCAGUGUUUAGCACAGCAGUUACUUCUCUAAAACCGGAAGAUGCUUUCGAUCCAAAUCGUGUCAAAUGUGUGGUGGAUAACCGUGGCUAUGCGAUUUAUUUUUCGAGAGGACUUAUACCAUUUAACAAGUCUGGUAAUGUGAACCCUCAAUUUCCAUAUUUACUUCAUCUGGGAAUUCAGAGCUUUGACACGAAGUUUCUCAAGAUAUACCCCGAGCUUCCACCAACUCCACUACAGCUAGAAGAAGAUUUGGAACAGCUGAAGGUCCUUGAAAAUGGAUACAAAAUGAAGGUUAUAAAAGUCGAUCAUGAGGCCCACGGUGUUGAUGUUCCAGAAGACGUAGAUAAAAUCGAGCAGUACAUGCGUGAAAGAAACCUGCAUUAG